AUGUCAGAUCAAUUAGUUGCACCACCACCAGAAAAUUGUCCUGGUACACAAAGUGAAAUGAGUGGUAAAUCAGCUGCAUGCGCUGGUUGUCCAAACCAACAAAUUUGUGCAACAGCACCAAAAGGACCAGAUCCAGAUAUUAUAGAAAUUGAAGAAAGAAUGAAAACAGUUAAAAAUAAGAUAUUAGUAUUAUCAGGUAAAGGUGGAGUUGGAAAGAGUACAUUUUCAUCACAACUUAGUUUUGCAUUAUCAAUGGAUGAAAAAGUUGAAGUUGGAUUAUUGGAUAUUGAUAUUUGUGGACCAUCGAUACCAAAGAUAAUGGGAUUAGAGGGUGAAAACAUUCAUAUCAGUGGUCAAGGCUGGGAUCCAGUUUAUGUUCAAGACAAUUUAGCAGUGAUGUCAGUCGGAUUCCUAUUGGAGAAAGAAGAGGAUGCAGUGAUUUGGAGAGGUCCAAAAAAGAAUGGUAUAAUUAAACAAUUCCUUAAAGAUGUUUAUUGGAAUGAUUUGGAUUACCUUGUCAUCGAUACACCACCUGGCACAUCUGACGAACAUUUAUCAAUUGUACAAUAUUUGAAAACUUCCAAUUUAUCAGGUGCUGUAAUCGUUACUUCACCACAAGAUGUAGCAUUAAUCGAUGUCAGAAAGGAAAUUAAUUUCUGUAAAAAAGUGGGUGUUCCAAUCAUUGGUGUCGUUGAGAAUAUGUCUGGUUUCGUAUGUCCAAAAUGUAAUAAAGAAUCUCAAAUUUUCAUUCCAACAACUGGUGGUGCUGAAAAAAUGUCACAAGAUAUGAAUGUACCAUUCUUGGGUCGUAUACCUAUUGAUCCAUUAAUUGCACGUUCUUGUGAUGAAGGUAAAAGUUAUUUAAUAACUCAUCCAAAUUCUGAAGCAACAAAACAAUAUAAUUUAAUUUUUAAUAAAAUUAAGGAAAUUGUUAAUAAUAGUAAAUAA